UGGAUCUUAUUUUAAGAAACGAAACACAAACCCGCUCGGUUCAGAUACACAACAGCAGGGCUGAGGCUGAGCCAGGAUCCGCCUGCGCGCACCAUUUGGUCAUCAUCGGGCAACGGGCGAGAAUACCGGCUGACCGGGACAUUGGGGAUCCCGCAGCUUAGAAAGAGGGAAACGAAACAAGCAGAGGUCCCGUUUGCGAUUAAAAGUAUCGCAGGGCCAUCCCGUUCCGUUAGCUCAGACACCUUGGACCCUGUUCCUGCGAAAAGCUACGGGCCACCAGCCUCCUCGGCCCCACAUCAAAACAAAAGGAGGAACAGGUCAAAUUUCCCUGUUUCUGGGCAUCAGGUUAGAGUUGCUCGCUUCUUUCGACUUUUCGCCUUUUGGUCUUGCUCAUCAACAGUACAUCCAUUCGACUUUUGCGCCGACUGCUUGCGGAGCACACGACAACUACCGGGUUUACUUACGGCUUGUCCGUACAAGCCACGACAGGAUGGCGUGGGACAAGCUUUCCAUCACCAGGCCCCACCUGGUGUACAUUAUCCUGGGCGGCUUCACCUCUCUGUUCAUGCUGUGUUCCUCCAUUAUCAAGGAGCGCAUGUACAUUGGUGAAGCCACCGUGGCCACUCUCUGCGGCCUCAUCUUUGGCCCUCAUGCUGCCGGGCUUAUAGACCCUAUCGAGUGGGGUAAUAUAGAUAUCGUCACGAUCGAGUUCUCUCGCCUCGUCCUCGUCGUCCAGUGUUUCGCCGUUGGAGUCGAAUUGCCAAAGUUCUACAUGGAAAAGCACUGGAGAUCCGUCACAUUCCUCCUUAUUCCUGUCAUGCUCUGGGGCUGGCUGAUCACCAGCCUUUUUGUCUGGUGGCUGAUUCCACCCCUGAGCUGGCUCGACAGUCUGGUUGUUGCUGCCUGUGUCACGGCUACGGAUCCUGUCCUCGCUUCAUCUGUUGUCGGUAAGGGCAAGUUCGCAAAGCGAGUGCCCAAGCAUUUGCGAGAUCUGCUUUCUGCCGAAUCCGGCUGCAACGAUGGCAUGGCUUUCCCCUUCGUCUACCUUUCUCUUUACCUCAUUCUAGACCACCGUGAGGCCCGAGACGUAUCAUUUCAUUGGAUCGUCUUCACCAUUCUCUACGAGUGCGUUUUCGGCGCCAUCUUUGGCUUCAUGGUCGGCUAUAUCGCACGCCACGGUAUCAAGUAUGCAGAGAGACAUGAGCUUAUCGACCGAGAGAGUUUCCUCGUCUUCUACUUUGUCCUGGCCCUCUUUUGCGCUGGGUCUGGUAGCAUCCUAGGCGUAGAUGAUCUUCUUGUUGGCUUCGCUGCCGGCGUCGGUUUCUCCAAUGACGGUUGGUUCACAAACAAGACGGAGGAAUCCCACGUAUCCAACGUUAUUGAUUUGCUCAUCAACUUGGCAUACUUUGUCUACCUCGGCACCAUCAUUCCUUGGGAGCAGUUCAAUAACUUCGACAUCGGACUGGGCGCUUGGCGCUUGGUCGUUCUCGCCAUCAUGGUCAUUCUCUUCAGACGAAUCCCCAUUAUGAUGGCUCUAAAACCACUGAUACCCGACAUCAAGACAUGGCGCGAGGCUUUAUUUGCUGGUCACUUUGGCCCCAUUGGCGUUGGUGCCAUCUUUGUCGCCAUUCUGGCGCGCGCUGAGCUGGAGCACGAGGAUCCUGUCCCCCUUGCCGAUAUAUCCAACAUCAACCCGAACAAUCCGCACUUCCACCUGAUUCGACUGGUAUGGCCCAUUGUUACCUUCUUGGUAGUGUCUUCAAUCAUCGUCCAUGGCUCAUCAGUCGCCGUGUUUACGCUCGGCAAGCACAUCAACACCCUUACCAUCACCAUGUCAUACACGCAAGCCAAUGAAGAUGGACCUUCCUGGAUGAACCGCUUGCCCCGCAUCACUUCGGUUUCCCGCUCUCAAGCUAGGAACAUGUCGGACACCGAAGAUGAUAUGAAGAUGCCUGAAUUUCCCCCUGGCACGCUGCCACCUACUGGUCUUCCCGGUACCUUUCUGCGUCGCCAGAAGGAAGAGGAUAAAGGUACCGGGCGUCAUGCGGGAAGCCGAUCAUCAUCGGCCAACGGCCGGCGUCGGAGAAAGAGAUGGGAUGACGGGAUCGGACCCGGAGGCCCUAUCAGCCAGUCAGCAAUCUUCCCCCAGCGCCGAAGCCAAAGCGAACAGGCGAUCGCUUCGCCGCACGAUGAGAUGUCUCUCGAGCCAUCUGACACUGCGCGGUUGUCACCUUCGGAUGCCUUGACUACGCGCCGCCGCUCGGUAAGAAAAAGUGAAAAGGAAAGAUCAUCUGAUGAAACCGCCUCUCCUUACGAAGCGAGCCCCACAUCUGGACAGAGGGAUCAGGAACUCGAAUACUAUGACGAGGGCGACCAUGUCAUUGUGGAGGAUCGCGAAGGAAAUGUUCUGGCUGUGGAAUCCUCAGCUACGGGCGAAGGCGAGAAUCCAGUGGAGGCUCUCAAGGAGAAGCUUGAGGCUGAGGCUGGGCCAUCGGGCUGGAGCUAUGACGCCUUGAAGAAGAAGAUUCAGAAUUGGCGUGAUGAAGAAGCGGCAAAGCGCAAGGAAAAGGAGAAGUCUACUAGGAGAAGUGAACCGGCCAGAGCGUACCAGUUUGGUACAACGAUUAUUGUCGAAAACGAAGAUGGCGAGGUUCUCAAGAAGUAUGAACUGCCUUCAGAGAAGCCAGAAAACGAUUUUGUUUCCCAGAGCUUGAAGUACAUGGGUAUCAAGGCUGGGGACAAGGCAAAUGUCGCAGGAGGUGCAGCCGGUGGCGAGGGCUCGGCCACUAGGCCGUCCAAACCAACCAAACGUCCUACGUGGGCUUCGGCCGUGGUUGGUGGUGGCGAUGCAUCGAAAAAGAAAAAUGCGGUGGAAGAACAAGAAGAGGACGAUCGUCAUAUUCGCUUCACUAUUGGUGGUGUUGGCCAACGCAUGAACAAGGAGGACUUCAUCCGGGAGAUGCAGAAGUUGGACAAGAGUACGCGCAAGGAAAUUGUGGACCAGUCCAACGCAUCAAGCGCUGUCAAGAGCCUAGCCAAAGCGGACCUUACGCCUAAGCAGCUACAGCAACCGCAGCCGGUACAGCGCAGAGGAUCUCCCGCUGGAUCUGUCAAGUCCAGCCACAGCAAGGAUAGCCUCACAAGACAAGGGCGUCCUGAGAAGUCGGAGAUGAUGAGCGGAGGUAGCAAUGCUGAACGCAGCGAAUCACCAUCGAUGUCGAGGUCAAGGUCGAGGUCGAGGUCGAGGUCGAGGUCGCCAUCGCCUCUCACGGCAGAGGGCGGAUCAGCAGCUCCAAGCAGAGACGUUCCGGAAACAGCAGCAGAGCGGAGACGUAGGCUGGCGGUGCUCCAGAGCGUUGGAGAUGAUAGAGAAGGGGAACAGGGUGAGACACCAGCGGAAAGACGGCGCAGAGAAGCUGCUCUGGGCAUGUUUCCGGGCGCAGCUGAGGACGAGGAUAGCGAGGAUGAUGAUACCCCCAGGAUCCCGCCACCGAGGAGAGGGAUCAGGUUCGCGGAGCCGACCAGGCGAGAGACAUGAGUUAAAUGAUUGACUGACUUGGUGAAUAAUGUUUGGUAUGAGGACUGAGCAUGAAUGGGUUCUGUAUAUGCCCACGGACGAUAAAGUGGAAGAGUAAUGAGAUGCAGCGAGUUGUUUGAGUUUUUGAUGUUUGUUCUUUUAAAUAGAUAUUUUGAGCGAGAAGUGUACAUGCAGCGCCGGCAGUACCAAGGAUGGCAUUGACAAUGUUGGCUGACUGGAAUAUGACCAUGUGCGUAGUUGCGUGAACUCGAAAAACAUAGUUGGUUUUGGGAUCCAUCUCCUUGACAACGAUUACAUUGCACAUACCAUCACUGCAGUGGUGGGAAAAAGGGGGGAAGUUGGAAAAUCUGGGGAAGUACAUGUGCUAUGUACCUAACUGCCUAAUCCUCGGUCCCGUGACUGAAGCGUAC